AUGAGGCAGUCUGACUUCUCAAGGUACAAGCAAUUAAACGAGAUUGACAUAGAUGACAAUAAUAUAACCGUCAUUCAGAAAGGCACAUUCACAAACCUCCCCCAGCUUGCUACUUUGAGGCUUAAUAAUAACGCAAUAACUAUCAUUCAGAAUGACACAUUCACAAACCUCCCCCAGCUUGCUACUUUGAGGCCAGUGUUAGAGGGGGAGACAGUCAUUCUAAACUGUGACGUGUCGGGAAUUCCAACCCCAAACAUCACAGUCACUCUCCCUUCUGGCGUAAAUGCAACUGUUGAGUCAGGUGGAAGAGUGACUGUGGAGGCGAACGGUAUCAUCACCAUAGAGAACAUUACCGCUACAGAUUCUGGUCAGUACGUCUGUUUGGCAGUGAGUUCUGGUGGCUCCACGUCUCAACUGGCUCAUCUUCAUUUCCAUACAAAUUCGGGAUGUCCCUGUGCUGAAAUGUACCCCCUGCCCCUCUAA